GCCCCAGACCUCCAGCCCUGUGCGGCACCUCCUGCCUGGUCACCUGGAGAACAGCAUGGAGAAGACAGUCAUCUCUGAAGGGAAUUGGGCUCUCUUCAGAGCUGGAAGGAAGGCAGUUCAUGGUCUUCCCAGCUGCUCUAGGGCGUCCCUGUGUCUUCUGAGCCACCCUGUCUUCAGCCAGCCUCUACUUCCACACACCUUGAUCCUCACCCCACCCCUCGUCCCUCACUAUGCUGCUCACACACCUCACCAGCCUGUCCAAGUAGCUGCCUCAGUUUCAGAGCCACGAUUUGGGUGUAGAAGGGACUGACAGUGUGGACCUUGUUGUUCCCAACACCCCUGGGUCUAGGUGGGGGCCUGGUCGGGCACUUCACCCUCCUACAUCCAAUGUCUUCUCCCCCUGCUCAUUUCUAUAGGCUUAGUCUCACCUUGCACCCGCAGCUGUGGAGACAGCAAAGCCCAGAACAGCCUAGGCCCAGCCCACACCUAGAGACCAGUGCUGUUUCACCAUCCUGUUUCACCAUCUGGCAGCCCUUACUGGACCCAUCUGCCCUCCAUAAUGCCCUCUCCGCAGUAGGCCUUGCUGUCCAUCCACUGACAUGUAGCCAGGAGUGAGAACCGCAAGACAUGGCAGAUAUUUGGUGUUCAAGGAGGACGUAGCGACGGUGCAACAGAACACCUGGAUGAAAGCAGGAGCCACAGCCCCAAGGUGCUGUGAGCAAGGUCGCCCCUCCGCCCGGCCCCGCCCACACGUGUGCCUGGUGACCAACGCUGGAUGCUGAUCUGGCCCUAAAGCUCAGGGUGCCUGAGGCAGGCAGACUACACCUCCCGGGACGUUCUGCGCCCGCGCGCGCCGCGAGGAGGGGCGGGGCCUAGGAGAGACCCGCGGGGUGGACGUCAGGGAACUGAGCAAGGCCAAGGCCAGGGCCCAGAAGAACGGGCAGCUGCACGAGGAGGCGGCCUUCUGCCAUCAGCUGGGGGAGCUGCUGGCCAGCCACGGCCGCUAUGCUGAAGCCCUGGAGGAGCACCAGCAGGAGCUGCGGCUCCUGGAGAGCGUCCUGGACACCCUAGGCUGUGCGGUGGCUCACCGCAAGAUAGGAGAGCGGUUGGCUGAGAUGGAGGACUACUCCGCUGCCCUACAGCACCAGCACCGUCACCUGGAGCUGGCAGAUUCCCUGUCCAAUCACACAGAGCUGCAGAGGGCAUGGGCCACCAUUGGCCGCACCCACCUGGACAUCUAUGACCACUGCCAGUCGAGGGAUGACUUGCUACAGGCACAGACUGCCUUUGAGAAGAGCUUGGCUAUUAUAGAUGAGAAGCUGGAGGGGACCCUGUCCCAGCGAGAGCUGAGUGAGAUGAGGACUCGACUCUACCUCAACCUGGGUCUCACUUUUGAGAGCCUGCAGCAGACAGCCCUGUGCAAUGACUACUUCAAGAAAAGCAUCUUUCUUGCUGAGCAGAACCACCUCUAUGAGGACCUGUUCCGUGCCCGCUAUAACCUGGGUGCCAUCUACUGUCGGGAAGGGAAGCACUCUCAGGCCAUGCGCUGCUUGGAGGGGGCCCGGGAAUGUGCACGUGCCAUGAAGAAGCGGUUCAUGGAGAGCGAGUGCUGUGUGAUGGUCUCCCAGGUCCUCCAAGAUCUGGGGGAUUUUUUAGCUGCCAAACGUGCUCUGAAGAAGGCCUACAGGCUGGGUUCCCAGAAACCUGUACAGAGGGCAGCUAUCUGCCAGAGCCUCAAGUAUGUGCUAGCAGUGAUCAGGCUGCAACAGCAGCUGGAGGAGUCUGAGAGCAGUGACCCUCAGGGUGCCAUGGCCAUCUGUGAGCAGCUGGGGGACCUGUUCUCUAAGGCGGCUGACUUCCCCAAGGCUGUUGAGGCUUAUCAGAAGCAGCUGCACUUUGCUGAGCGACUGAAUAGACCAGACCUCGAGCUGGCCACCAUCCACGUGUCCCUGGCCGCCACACGGGCAGACAUGAAGGACUAUCACCAGGCAGUAUACCACUAUGAAGAAGAACUCAGGCUGCGCAAUGGCAAUGCCCUGGAGGAGGCCAAUACCUGGUUCAACAUUGCACUCUCCCGCGAGGAGGCUGGUGAUACAUAUGAGCUUCUGGCUCCAUGCUUCCAGAAGGCUCUUAAUUGUGCCCAGCAGGCCCAGCAGCCCCAGUUGCAGAAGCAGGUAUUGCAGCACCUCCACACUGUGCAGCUGAGGCUACAGCCCCAAGAAGCUCCUGGCACCAAAACCAGACUGCAAGAGCUGAGUGCGACUGAAGAACUGGUGGAAGAGGAAGAGGAGGAGGCAAUGGAAGAGGCGGCAGCUAGCGUGGCCCUGGAGGCCAGUGAGCUAGAGCUCUCAGAGAGUGAGGAUGAUGCUGACAGCCUGGCCUGGCAGCUGGAGGAGGAUGAGGAGUUUCAGGGUUGCCUAGGCCGGCGGAAGGUGAACAGGGUAAGGACCAUGUGCCCCAGUCCCUCCUGUCCUGGCAGCCGCACCCAUCCCUCACACCUCUGCCCCAAGUCAAGGCUACUCUGCCCACAGUGGAACCGGCGCAAUGACAUGGGGGAGACCCUGCUGCACCGAGCCUGCAUUGAGGGCCAUUUGCGCCGUGUCCAGGACCUUGUGAGGCAGGGCCACCCCCUGAAUCCUCGGGACUACUGUGGCUGGACACCUCUACAUGAAGCCUGCAACUUUGGACACCUGGAGAUCGUCCGCUUCCUUCUGGACCACGGGGCUGCAGUGGAUGAUCCAGGUGGCCAGGGGUGUGAGGGCAUUACCCCUCUACAUGACGCCCUUACCUGUGGCCACUUUGAGGUGGCUGAGCUGCUUAUUGAGCGAGGGGCAUCUGUCACUCUCCGAACCAGGAAGGGCCAUAGCCCACUGGAGACACUGCAGCAGUGGGUGAAGUUGUACUGCAGGGACCUAGACCUUGAGACACGACAGAAGGCAGCAGCCAUGGAGAGGAGGCUCCAGGCGGCUUCUUUAGGCUCAGCCUCCCCAGCCUCCUGGACCAUACCAAGUAACCACCUGUUUGAUCCUGAGACCUCUCCUCCCUCAAGCCCCUGCCCAGAACCCCCUUGGCACACUCCUAGGUCCUCAGAGGCCUCUCUAGCCUGCACCAGGGUUUCCCCACAGCAGGCUGCAUCAGUUGUGGCAAAGCCUCGAAGGAGUAGGCAUAGGUUGGCCAGCAGCAGCAGCUCAGAGGGUGAGGACAGUGCUGGGCCCCACAUGCCAUCCCAGAAGAGGCCAAGGUACUCUGCCCCUGCACAGCAGGAUGAGGCCAGGACAGCUUGCCCUGCCAGCAUCAGGGAGGCGAGUACCGUGAGUGCUGGCCAGGCAGCCUAUCAGGCAGCCAUCCGAGGUGUGGGCAGUGCCCAGAGCCGCUGCCUCAGGCAGGGCCCUUGGGGCCCAGGUGAAGCCCCUACACCCCAGACAGCACUCAUUCCCGAGGAGGAAUACCUGGCUGGAGACUGGCUGGAAUUGGACACACCCCUGCCCCGCCGCCCAUUCCGCACGCCCCGCCCCCAGGGCAGUGGGGACAGCAACAGGCCCAGUGCUGUAGGACCAGACAAUGAGGAACACUCUGCCAGGCCCCGAACCUGGACCAGGCAGAGCCGCCUGACCUGUCUUGAGAGUUGCAGCACACUGGACAGAGCUGGAGGCAGCAGCUUGGUUGCAGAGCUCCCAGAGAAUCCCAACGUGCCCAGGGUCCCUGGGGAAAGCCCUGCAACAGGCCAGCCCUUGGGUCUAGUACAGCCUCCUCCCAUCCGGAUUCGAGUUCAAGUUCAGGAUAACCUUUUUCUUGUCCCUGUCCCACACAGUGAGGUCCACUCUGUGGCUUGGCUGGCUGAGCAGGCCUCCCAGCGCUACUACCAGACAUGUGGGCUACUGCCCAGACUCAGCCUGCGGAAGGAGGGCGCAUUGCUGGCCCCUCAGGACUCCAUCCCUGAUGUGCUGCAGAGCAACGAUGAGGUGUUGGCUGAAGUGACUUCAUGGGACCUGCCCCCGCUUAUCGACCGCUACCGCAGGGCCUGCCAGAGCCUGGGACAAGGGGAACACCAACAGGUGCUGCAGGCCAUGGAGCACCAGGGCUCAAGCCCCUCCUUCAGUGCCUGCUCCCUGGCCCUGAGCCAGGCCCAGCUCACACCCCUACUUCGAGCCCUCAAGCUACACACAGCGCUCCGGGAGCUGCACCUAGCAGGGAAUCGGCUCGGGGAUGGAUGUGCCAGUGAGCUGCUAGCUGCUCUGAGCACCAUGCCCAGCCUGGUCCUCCUUGAUCUUUCGUCUAAUCACCUGGGCCAGGAAAGUCUACGCCAACUUGCCGGGGGCCCUCAAGGCCAGGCCACCUUGCAGAACUUGGAGGAGCUGGACUUAAGCAUGAACCCUCUAGGAGACAGUUGUGGUCAGGCCCUGGCUUCCCUCCUGCGGGCCUGCCCCUUACUCAGCACUCUGCGCCUGAAGGCUUGUGGUUUUGGUCCCAGCCUCUUCCUGAGCCACCAGGCAGCCCUGGGCAGUGCCUUCCAAGAUGCUGAGCACUUGAAGACCCUGUCCUUAUCCUACAAUGCCCUGGGUGCCCUUGCCCUGACCAAGGCCCUGCAAAGCCUGCCCACCUGUACUCUUUUGCACCUAGAACUUGGCUCCGUGGCAGCCAGCAAGAGUGACUUGGGCUUCAUGGAGCCCAUUGUCAGGUAUCUGGCCAAGGAAGACUGUGCUCUGGUCCACCUGACCCUGUCUGCAAAUUACCUGAAUGACACAGCUGUGAGAGAACUAAGCAGGUGCCUGCCUCUCUGCCGCUCACUCAUCUCUCUGGACCUGUCUGCCAACCCUGAAAUCAGCUGUGCCAGCCUGCAGGAGCUCCUGUCUGCCCUCCAGCAGAGGCCUCAAGGCCUCCACUUCCUUGGCCUUUCAGGCUGCACUGUCCAGGGUCCCCUGGGCCCGGGUCUCUGGGACAAAAUCACCACGCAGCUGCGGGAGCUCCAACUAUGUAGCAGAGGCCUGUGUGCCGAGGACCACGAUGCCCUGCGCCAGCGGCUGCAGAGUCCCAGCUCCCGCGCUCUGACCCGGGGCCCCCAGCUCUUCUUCCGGGACCUCUGACCCUUCCCGUCCCCUGCCCAGAAUCCUCAAUAAACGUCUUUGCUGCCUUC